AUGUCUUCCGCCAGAGCUGUGGAACCGUCUGCACCUCCUCUACCGGAGGACAGUAGCUCGAACAUAUUUUAUUCGGUGGAAAGUGGAUCUGUCAAUAUUUCCGUUUUCAAUGAUGAGUUAUUCCAUGAUGUUGAGUUAGAACAAAAAUUACCGCCAACCAAUGUGGCGGAGAGGGAGCUGCAUCAAUCGAAGUGGCUCAAAGUUUUGAAUAUUGUUUGGAUUACUAUCUUAGUUCUAUUAUUCGCGUCCUUCAUAGUAGCCCUCGGACUCCUUUUCUUUACCAAUUUAAUCUAA